AAUUCCUUUUUAAGCCCAACAUUUACAAAUGCUUCAAGUUUUAACAUCCCGUAAAGGUAAAACAAAUGGGGUUUUAGGUCUGCACUGCUAAAGCAUAAGCCUCUGUUCAUAGUUUGUGGCCGUUGCAGGUGAAGAAGCCAUGGUGGGUUGGCAGAGGCAUCUCCACUCCUUAAUCCGUCAAGUAUCCAAUUACACCCAAUCUGCCUCCUUUUCUUCUUCUUCUUCUUCUUCUUCUUCUCGCUUAGGGGCUGGUUUGCCUUAUCUGCAGAGACCAUCUUCUCCUACCACUCCAAGGCCUCUUCAUCACUACUUUCAACAAUUGGGAAUUUCGAGUUCGAGGAACAACUUACUUGCAGAGGAACCGGUUUCAUCUCCUUUGACUCCGCUUUUGACAUCAACUUCUGCAAAAGCUCAAGAGCACAACCAGAAAUCACUUACUAAGCCUUCUACGGUUCAAGCUAUUCUAAAGGGCAUCAAACAGAGCCCUAAGAAGGUCAAUUUGGUUGCUGCACUGGUUCGUGGCAUGCGUGUUGAAGAUGCAUUGUUGCAGUUGCAAGUGACAGUAAAGAGAGCUGCAAAAACUAUAUAUCAGGUUAUUCACUCAGCCAGAGCAAAUGCAACUCAUAAUCAUGGGCUGGAUCCAGACCGUCUCCUUGUUGCUGAGGCAUUUGUUGGAAAGGGAUACUACAAGAAAAGAAUUUCCUACCAUGCUAAAGGCAAAUGUGGAGUCAAAAUGAGACCAGAAUGCCGACUGACAGUGGUAGUACGGGAGAUUACCCCUGACGAGGAGGCCGAGAUAGCCAAACUGAAAGUUAAGAAUUUUGUUAAGCUCACCAAGCGGGAAAGAAGGCUUGUUCCUCAUCAGCUGAUUGAGACGACUUCAAUUUGGGGCCGCAAAGGCAAGGGUCGCAAUCAUGAACCAAAUGGUAUCCCUGCAUGAUCAAGCUCUCUUCCAAUGAUUUUCAGCUUCUAAAAGAAAUUACUCAGUCUCCUGUCUGUCCUUGCAUUUCAAUGAAGUUUGUCUUGUAGAAGUGUGAAAGGUCAAAGUGCCACAGUAGGAGCAACCUUGUUUCUGUUUUGUUUGAAUGCUUAACGCGUAGAAUAUGAUAUGAUUAUUUCCA